AUGUCGCGUUCCCGCGCGCUCGACUUCUUGUUCGAGUUCGACGCGCCGCAGACGUUCAUGGACCUCACUGCGCCUUUGAUUCCUCUGCCAACGGCGACGCACGACGCCUGGUUCGACGAGGUCCAUCCGGACCAUAGCCGGCCCAGCGUCGAGUUGGCGCGGGAAGUCGCGGAUGUCGUGCGAAGGUUGCAGCAGCAGCAAGAGCAAAAGCCGCACCACGUGCCCCGACGGAAAACAGUUCAACCUCACGACCGAAUCCGAAACACGGCAAACGAGCGUACCAAAAAGCGGUGCGACGCGAGUGGUGUGGUCCACUUUGGGCACCUUCCGACGACCGCUCGAGACCGCAAACCCACGAACAAGCGAGCGGAACCCGAGUUGGGGCGGCUCAAACAGGACGGGCAGCCAGCAGCGCGAGCGCCUGUGGCGCUUGUGCGACGUCGGCAGCCGCUUGUGGAUGCGGGAAAUCGACUCAAUGCUGGAACAACGCGGACCGAGUCGAGCGAGAGGACGAAGAGGAGAGAGGUGCAGGAAGUGGUCGCGCGACACAAUAAGAAGUUUAAGGCCACGCACACGUACGAGCCGCCGCGCCAUUCCGUGCGGGAGGUAAAGCAGUGGGAGCGCGCGAUGGACAAGAGCUAUUAUGCCUUAUCCGCAGAAGAGCGUGUGCAGGCGAACAAGGACAUUGCAAUUUGGAAGCAACGACAAAAGGAGAAGAGCAUCUGA